CAGGGACUGAAGCAGCAUCUGUAUGAGGCGAGAGAAAGAAACUGCACAGAAUGGAGGAGAGCUAGAGCAGCACUGUCGCUGUCAUCAGGACACCUACCACCUCACCGCUACCACUGGCGCUCUGGACUGCAUGUUAAUGGGAGAGACUCAGAGCAGUUCUGUGAUGCCCGAGGGACCAGCAGAGUGGAUCCGUUUCCUCCUCUGAUAUGAUGCUGAGAGCAGGAGGGGCAGCCACCUUCCUCGCACUGCUGCUGCUGCUGCCGCUGUUGUGCUGCUGCCACCUCUGCCACUCACUGCGGGUACCAAAGCUCUCGUCGUAUGCAAAGGCAGAGGACAAGCUGUUUCGAUACCUCUUUGGAAGCUACCAGAAAUGGGUACGUCCGGUGGAAUAUCUAAACCAGACGAUCUGUGUGAAGUUUGGACUGGCCAUCUCCCAGCUAGUUGAUGUGGAUGAGAAAAACCAGCUGAUGACAACCAAUGUGUGGAUGAAACAGGAGUGGACUGACAUGAAACUUAGAUGGAACCCUGAUGACUAUUUGGGCAUCACAACUAUCCGUGUCCCCUCUGACAGGCUGUGGCUGCCUGACGUGGUGCUGUACGAUAACUCAGAUGGGCGUUUUGAGGGAACUGUCACCAAAGCUGUUGUUAAGUAUGAUGGAACGAUAACAUGGACGCCACCGGCCAAUUACAAGUCAGCCUGCUCCAUUGAUGUCACCUUCUUCCCGUUUGACCUCCAGAACUGCUCCAUGAAGUUCGGCUCCUGGACUUAUGAUGGCUCCCAGGUGGACAUCAUUCUGGAGGACUUCCACGUAGACAAGCAGGACUAUUUUGACAACGGUGAAUGGGAGAUAGUAAAAGCCACAGGCAGCCGUGGUCUGAGGACAGAUGGCAGCUCUUCCUACCCCACCAUCACCUACUUCUUCAUCAUCCGCAGAUUGCCUCUUUUUUACACCCUCUUUCUCAUCAUCCCCUGCAUCGGCCUGUCCUUCCUCACCAUCCUUGUCUUCUACCUGCCCUCCAACGGUGGCGAGAAGAUCUCCCUCUGCACCUCAGUGCUGGUGUCGCUCACCGUCUUCCUACUGGUCAUCGAAGAGAUCAUCCCGUCCUCCUCCAAGGCCAUCCCUCUCAUCGGGGAGUACCUGGUGUUCACCAUGAUCUUCGUCACGUUGUCCAUCAUCAUCACAGUCUUUGCCAUCAACAUCCAUCACCGCUCCUCCUCCACACAUCACGGCAUGGCACCCUGGGUGAGGAAGAUUUUCCUGCAUCGACUGCCUAAGCUGCUGUGCAUGCGCAGUCAUGUGGACCGUUACGCCACAGCCGGAGUGGCUGGGGUGGGAGGAGCCGUAGGUGUGGGUAUGAUGAAGGAUUCAGCACCUAAACUCACCCCCCUACUCUACACGAGACGUCACCUGCAAGCAGCUUUAGAUUCUAUUCGCUACAUAACCAUGCAUGUGGUUAAAGAAAAUGAGGUCAGAGAGGUGGUACAGGACUGGAAGUUUGUAGCCCAGGUUCUGGAUAGAAUGUUUCUGUGGGCCUUCCUCCUAGUGUCCAUCCUGGGCUCUGCUCUCCUCUUCAUCCCAGUUAUUUACAAAUGGGCCAACAUCAUCGUUCCUAACCAUGUUGGAAGUUUCCUCUAAGAACCGCAUAUGGGAGCACAGCGACCACAAAUGGAUUUAAAGCACAUUAACAGCCUACUGUGGAUCUCCUGUGAGAGACUGAGAUUACUGGUGAGAUUCAGGCUUGUAUACACACUCAACUGUGCCAGAGGUCAAGCUGCAGAUUUGAGGCCUCACCCGCAGCAUACAUCUCAUAGAGACGUGUUUUAAAAGUUUCUUUUAAAGGUAAACACAAAUAAUUAUGUAUUGUAGGUUCAUCCAGCCACACUCUCUCUCACACAUCAAUAGAUUUCAGGAAAUGUAUUUUAUGUCCUAUACAUGCUGGCAUCACAGAGUGCAGAUUAUUUAUUGUGGUUGGAAGAGGUUUAUUGUGAUGUAUGUAUUGAUUCAUUUCAUUUCAAAACUAUUGUAUCCCUGGCGAUUACAAGGCAGCUUGCAGCCGAGAUCAAUAUAUACACACAUACACAUAAUAGAAAUAGGUGAAGACAUUCAUUCUCUUUGGACAUAAUACUCUGUAUCUAUUGGGUUUGGAGAGA